AUGCUCCGCCAGCUCACCGUCCUCGGCAGCCAAGCCGCCUACCCAACCCUCGACAGGCCCUGCUCCGGCUUCCUCCUGACCUGGGAUGGACUCACCAUCGUGCUUGACCUCGGGUACGGCACUCUGCAGCCGCUCCUCGCGCGCGGCGUGGAUCCGCACGCCAUCGACGCCGUCGUCAUCACGCACGAGCAUCCGGACCACUGGCUUGACCUGCACGCUCUGUUGCGGCUGCUGUACUACGGGCGGCCGCCAAAGCCGCCGUCAAUGUCAGAUGUGAUGGAGAGGGCGCAGGAGGAAGGGCGGGAGCAGAAGAAGCAGAAGAGCAAGCUCGGGUUGUACUGCACGAGGGGCGUGCUCGAGCAGCUCAUCCAUCUUGAGCCCGACCUCCCACUGAGUGCCAUUGCAGACGUGCACAUCCUCGCUCACCGCUGCACCUUCACAAUCGGCACCACCCCGGCGUCCCUACAACUUGCAGGCCUCCUCCUCCCGCACUGGGUCCCCAACAUCGGCAUCCGUCUCGCCCAUGCGCCGCUCCCCGACCAGCCACUGCCAUCGUCCGGAGAAGCUCACCUGCAGGACGACGACAGCGGCGCUGCAAAUACAACCACGCGGCGGCGCGCCCUGCUCGCCUACACCGGCGACACAGGGCCCUCACCCCUCCUCACAGAGCUGGGCCGCGACGCGCGCCUCUUCAUCGUCGACGCCACGGACCGACCCGGUGAAAUGGCCAAGCCUGCCGGGGAGCGGAACCUGCUUACGGCCGCGGAGGCGGGUCAGUGGGCGGCGGAGGCGAAGGCUGAGACGCUGCUGCUGACGCAUUUCUGGCCGGGGAACGAUACGGCGGCGGCGGUGGAGAGGGCGCGGGAGGGGUUUGAAGGCGAGGUGUUGGCUGCGGAGCCGGGCAUGGUGAUGGACUUGUCAUAG